AUAUAAAAACUUAAAGAUUUCACUAAAAUAGUCGCAGUCUCAUACAAAUCAUUACGAGUGGUAUUGAUUUAAGGCGCAAAAAAAUAAAAAUAUAUAAAAAUCAUAAUUUAUAACAAUGGGAUGGCAAUCGCUUGUUAAAGUUGUGCUGCUAAUAUGCUUAGGGGAAUUUUUGCAUACGAAAUAUGUUCGUGCUACAAUGCCAGCGUUUUAUAGGCAAGUGAAGUUGCUGCCAUUUUUGCAUACAGCAAGCCCACAACAACAAGAUGCAAUUAGAAAUCAGCGUUCUUUAUAUGGAUCAGGUCAACAAGUCGCAAGUUAUAAUAUCGCUUCUCUAGGUGCUAGUCAUGUACCGCAAAAUGGAUUGAUUAACUUGUUGGAAUCGACUAAGCAACAAGGCUUUCCGAAUAAUGCUGCUGUUGCUUUUGCUAAUCCUGGUGCUAAAGAUAUAAUCCCGAAUAUGCCUAUGUCGCUCUCGUUGCCCCCAUUUUUACCAUUAAAACUAGGUGGACAAACGGCUGGUACAUCCAGUGUUAGUGUCGCCACUGCCGAAGACUUUCAAGAUCUUGCGCAAGCUAAUCUUCGUCUUCAGAGUCCUUUCGAUGGCAAACGAUACGCUCCCAUCAACGCGAUGCUUGCUCGUCCUUUUAACAAGCCCGGAAAGAUUAGAAUGGAUUUACCAGAAGUGGUAUCUGUUAAGAAAUUCAAUGAUUUCACAAAUGAACAAAAGGAUCACCUUUACGAGACCUUAUUAGAAUUGGCUGUAGCUCUUGAUGAAUUGCCAAAGAAAUCGCUAAGAAAAACUUUAGAGCUAACACUGGCCGUCCUACAAUACAAAGGCAAGCAAGUUCAGUUAUUGCAAGAACAACUUGAUGAAAAAUCCCAAUCUAGUUGUGUUGAAUCAUUAAGUGAACGUCUAAUGAUUGAAAAUGAAAAGCUUACACAAUUGCUAACGCGAACAGAAGAUGAGAAAUUGCUUCUUAGAGAUAAAAAUAAAGGGUUAAUUGCCGAAAACUUCCAAUUAAAACAAAGACUAAAAGAGAUAACGGCCAAUGCCGAGGCAAGCGAUAAAGAUUCCUCCGAUCCACUUUCCGAACUCGACAAACAAGAGUCCCUUUUACGUAAUAUUAAUUUGAAAAAUAAACAUAUUAAGCGUUUACUGAAAGAAAUCGAGGCCUUACAAAAUGAAAAUAUUGAACAAUCAAAAACUAUAAUUGAUCUGGAAAAACGUUUAAAAUGCGAAAAAGAAAAUUGGGAAGAGCUAAAUGAAAAUUUCUUGUUACUGGAAAAGGAGAAGACAUCUUUGCGUGAAGCCUUCGAUGAAUUGACCAUUGAAAUAAAACGUUUAGAAAAUAAUAUCAACUAUUUGGAAGAUGAAAAAGAACGCAGUGAAAAAGAAUUGCAAGAAUUUGUUGAUAAACUAGAAAAAAAGGCCCAGUCGUGGAAGAAAUUGCUACUCGAGAAAGAUAAAGAGUUGAAAAAGCUAAAAACUAAAACUAAUAAACUCGAUGGAAGCGAACGAUCCCAAGCGUUAAGUGGAGAUGAGAGUACGGAUACAGAUGUAGGAGCAAAUGGAUCAGAAAAAUUCAAAUUAUAUCAGGCCAUAGAGGCACGCGAUAAGCUUAUCGAACAAUUAGAAUUGAAAAUUCAGAUUAUGGCCGAUGAAAUGUUAGCUGCCACCCAAUUAAUGAAUCGCAUUUAUCAAGAGCGUAAUGAAGAGAUGAAUCCCCGCAAACCUAGAUCGUGCUGUGCGAAUAUCGAGGCUCUAUUGAAAGCUAGCACCGCCAAAUGCCGGGAACUUUCCGAUAUGUUGGAAAGAGCUGAAGAAGAGUGCGCAAUAAAAGCCAAACAAGCUAUGGAAGCAACUAAAAGUUUGGCCGCGUUUCAAUGUGGCGAAGACGGUUUACUACCCGCUUUGAGAAGAUGUUCUGCUUUGGAAAGCAAAUUGCAAUCAAGAGAAAAUCAAAUACGUAGCUUAAUUACGGAGUUGAAUUCAAUGCACGAAAUUGGUCAGGAAAAUUCCUUUCUAAGGAAACGUUUAAAUAUACCAGACGAUGCAAUUAUUUCGACCAAAAAUUUAGCUGCCAAAGAGCGAAAUAAAGGGAAGAUUAUCGAUCGUUUAAAUCUUAAGCUAAGAGCGUCCGAAGAAAUGCGACUACAAUUGAAACUAGAAAAAAGCGACUUAAGAAAAGAGAUUUUGGAAUUGAAGCAAUUAUUAUUAACUGCGUCCAAUAACACUGCUGCCGAUCGCGAUAAAUCUUCGGAAAUUUUAGCUGAGGAAGAUCAUGGGAUCAUUGAAAGUACGGAAAUGAAUAGUAAAGACGACACCCCUCCCUAUCAGACAUUAGAAAUAAAUAAACUUACCCGAAAGUCGCCAACAAAGGAAAUUGGAGAAGUUGACGACUCCAAUAACACGCCAGAAGCCUCGUUAGCGGUAACGGUCUGUACACAUUGCCAUGGAAAUUAUAAAAUCGAACUUCAAGAUCCGGGCAACACGGGCGGCAUGGAUAUGAAAUAUCAAGAUAUAGCACAAGAGAAUGAAAUAUUACGUCAAGGCAUGUUGGAAAUUUUAGAAAAACUAAAAGAAUACGGUGAUAUGUCCGAGCAAAUUGUAAUUGAUAAGACGCUUUUAUCGAAUCUGUUAAAAAUACUCAAGUCUCCAGAUGCGUGUCAAGACUCGCCUUUGCGUUUACAGGAAGAGAUGCUCGAACUAAAACAAAAAGAACAGGCUUUAGAAGAGUUAUUGAAACAGCAUAUAGCUAUGAAAAACUAUUGUGCUGAAGACGAUGCGCAAUCAGUUGAGAGCAUGCGUGAAGAUGGUGAGAUUAGGAAUGCUGAAGAACUGCCUAUAGAAAUGCCUACGCUUUUUGACUCAUCUACACGUCCUACUACGCCCAAUAGAAGUCAUUCUCUUUUGCAGAUACCGAAUAUUAGCCAUGAAUCUACCUGGACAAUAACGGAAAAGCGUCAGCUUGAGCAAGAAGUUGACGAAUUGAAAAUCUAUCGCAAACAUUACGAAGAAUUAUAUUUACAUAUGAAAGCCAGUGACUUGGAAGUGAUGCAAGCUUGCGCUGAAUUAACUGAAAAGACGGCUAAACUCGAAACUGAUUUAAUGAAGGCGGAAAAGUGCUUGCAGUAUUUAAAAGAAGAUCUCGAUAAUAGCCUGAGCAAGAUGAAAGAGAAACAAAUGUUUUGGCUGGAGAAAGAGUCCAAAUACAAAAUGGAUAUUAAAAAUUUGGAACAUGAAUCCGAACAUUUGAAAAGAGAAAAGGAAAAUUGUUUUUCCAUCUAUUGCUAUAGCAGAGAGGAAUAUUUAAGUUUACAAAAAUCAUUUACGGAGAAUUUAAUGAAAUUAUCAUUAGUUACGCAAGAAAUAUUAUCCGGAAAAUCAAUGGAUAGCAUAAAUAUACCCGACUUGAAUAUGGAUUAUGGUAUAAUCAUUGAUAAUUAUCAAUUGGAUGUCAUACCAUUGGAAGAAUUUAAGAAAGAAAAUAAACUUAAUAAAGAAUUUCAAGAACAGAAGACGGAAAUGCUUAAAAAUAUUGCGCAUCUUGAGAGCUUGUUGCUAAUAGCCCGAGAGCAAAUACAAUCGCAACAAAAAUUACUUAACGAUAUUACUGAUAAUCAUAUAGGUCUAAGGCAUUUAGUUGCGGAUUUGCAAAGUACAAGCGAGGAAAAAUUCUUAAUAGCGAAAAUACAAAGAGAUUUAGAUAACGCCAAAUUAGAAAUAGAUCGUUUGAGAGAUGAGUGCGCGGCGAGCAGACAACAUUUUGAAGCAUUGCAGCAAGAAUUAUUGAAUAAAGAGAAAUUAUGUCAGCAAUUAAGAAAAAACUUUCACAACGAACGCGCUAAUAGGGAAAUAAAAUUGAAAUUUUUACAAAAAUCGUUACUUUUACUCAAAGAGAAAUAUGCCAAAUAUACUCCAUUAAUCUUUCUUACAAAUUUCAUUUGUGCUUAUAAGAAAUUUCAAAACUCAGUCGAAGAAAAUUCCGAGAAAAAUUAUUUAAAAAUUGUGAACAAACAAAUUGAAGAACUAAUCAAAACAAAACUAAGUGAGCAAAAUAUAGAAAUGGAGGAACAGCCACAACUAAUUAAGCUUAUUAAGAGUGAAACGCAAUGCAGGCUUUACGAGGAUGAGGUGAAAAUGUUGCAAAACAAAUGCCGAUACUUGGAAAAAGAUUUAAACGAAUUGCGUUUGAAUCAGGCCUGCGAAAGCGAACAUUGGAAAACUGUUCAAGCUUUAUUUGGAUCUGAAAAAGCUAUAGAUGAUUUGGUUUUAAAGACCGAGAAAAACUUAAAAGCUGUCGAAAAAAUUCUUACUCAAGAUAUUGCUUGUAAUACAGAAGCGCCCAUACCAGCAGAGCGAAAACGAUCCCUUAAACCCGCUCAAGUUGACGUUCUAAUACAAACUGAACAAGAAAGUCCGAAAAGACGAGACUCGAAAAAAGGGUAUUUAGCAGCUGAAACAGAAGAUGGAAAUCAAAUUGCAACUCGCAACGUCGUGACCGAAACCAAGGAAGUUCAAAUACAGACCUGCAAACAACGAAAUUUACAGGAAAGUAAAGCUAUACAAACCCUAGAGGAAACUAAUGCGACUAAUGUGAUGAACGGCAAACCGCACAAAAUCGAUAGUCCAAAAACAAAUGAAUUGCAGCGUACUUUAGAAACUUUAAAGGCAACGGAAAACAGACUUACCCAAGCUAAUCUGCAAAUAGAGGAAUUGAAAAGCAAGUUGAAUAGUUUACAAGCUCUCAAAGAAUCGGAAUCUUCCACAGAACUAUCUCCCGCCAGUACAAAAACCGAUGUUAUUGAGAAAACUAUUCUCUCUUUUCAUACUUUACUUAGCGAAAAGGAUAAAUCUAUUGGUAAAUAUCAGGACAUACUGCAAACUGAGAGAGAACAAAAUCAUCUAACUGUUAGCAAACUGAAUGCUGAGAUUGAAGGGCUAAAUCACGCAGUAACUCAAUUAAAUGUUGGAAUGAAGAACAAGGAUUUGGAAAUUUUAGAAUUAAAAACCCAAUUGGAAAGUAUAAGCGUACGACGAAAUUCGAGUGAGAAGCUACAGUUGGCCACUAUCGGAAUGGAAACGGAAGAGAAUGUCGAUAACAGUUUAAACGAAAUGACGGAUGAGAAAAUUGAGGAGAUGUUUCAGCAAGAGAAUUCGCCUCCCAAUUCCGCCACAGGAAGUAUAGUAAUUGCUCCUGAGGAAGUUGUUAAAGAAAAACAUGAGCUGGAAGACGCAAAAACUUUAUUAAUUCCUACCAAUAUAAUGAAACAAUUAAAAGAAUUAAAAGACAAGGCCAGCUAUUAUGAAAGCGCUUUAAAGGUCAAGGAAGAUGAAAUUGUUAUAUUAAAAGAAAAGGUAAAACUGCUACAGGACCGUGAAAAAUCUUCAGAGAUUACUAACAAUACAGAAGUUGAGCAAUUGCGAAUAAUGGUAGAGGAGAAAGAUAAGCAUAUCAAUGAAUUGUUGGAAACUUUAAACAAUUUUCAUGAAGAUCAAGAACGGUUUAUUACCGAUUCCUCCAGUUACACGACAGAUCAAAUAACUCAGCUUGCUAAUGAUCUCACACGCACUGAAGCUACUAACAAAAUCUAUUACGCUCAAGUAGAAGCUUUAAAGAAACAAUUGACGAAUUUGACGCAAAGAGAAAAACAAGCCCGCGACCUCAGCCAGUCGCUUAGAAAUCAAUUAAUAAAACGUCCAGUGGUGUCAAUUAAAACUGAACUAAAUGCUAGGGUAAAAAAUGAAAGUCUGCAAAAAAGAGCACAACAAUUAGAAUUAGAUUUAGAAGAGGCGCGUGCAGAAAUCCAACGACAAAAAGUUAUAAUUGACAACAAACGGCACCGCAGUGCGCAUGAGGUUGGCCUAUGGGAGAAGCAAAAACGUUGGCAACAAAAUGCUGAGAAACUCAAAGGGAAGCUGGAAGAUACUGAGGCAACCUUGGAAAAGACCAAGACCUUAUUGCAAUCCGCCAGAAAUACCGUUAAUCGUCUGGAAAAAGAUAAACAGAUGCUUGAAGCGAAACUGGGAAGAGCCACACAUCAAACUACGAAACAUUCUAUAAAAUGUUGUCGCGCUCCAUCUUGCCCCAAUUUACAUAAUCCGAUUUCUACAAAUGCUGCGAUUGUAAAGUACACAACUUCCGAAAGCCCUGAUACCGUUACUGCGGGCAGCAGCGAGUGUAGUUCGCCGGUUCGUAACGUUACCAAUAAUAAAAUGCAGUAUACUGUACAAGCGCAAAAUCAAGAAGUCAUUGAUGCGCUAAAAACUCGUUUGGAAAUGCAACAGCGGAAAAUUUUGGUCAUGGAACUUGCAGGAAAAGGUAGUCAUGCUCUAACAAAUGAAAUGGAAAAGUUACAGGAGAAAUUGUCAACAAUUGAAUCACAAAACAUACGUCUGGAAGCCAAAAAUUUACAGUUACAGUUGGAUAAUGAUUUACUAAGGCAAGGAGAUGGAACCGAACGUUUCCAAAAAAGAAUCAAACAUUUGGAAGAUUAUAUAAUGGCUUUAAAGGAGGAAAUAGCCUCAUCAGAGGCACGACGCCAGUUAUGUAAAUGUAGUGGCGUUAAAGUUAAUCUUCAAACAGGACAAUCGGCCGAGCACACUAUACUAUCAUUACGGAACUUGGUCGAGAAACUAAAAGCUGAAAAUAAAUACCUAAAGGACGGAAGGAGAUCAAGUGAAUCAAGGAGUUCUUCAGAGGCUGCUAAUGAUACUGCACGUUUACAACAAAAGUUACAUGACUCUUUGGAUAAAAUUUCUUCGUUGGAAUUGAAAUUAAAAGCGCCGUCGAAAUGUCCACAUUGCGAAAGCCGGCAGAAGGUUGCACCCCCUCCUCUACAGGAGGAAUUAAACUACAUUAAAGAACAAUUACACAAAAAGACUCAACUUUUGCAAAAAGCUAAAGUGUUAUUGACUCGUGCUGCAGCUAAAGAAAAAGUGCUAAAGGAACAGUUAACCAUGUGGAAACGUAAAUGUUUUGAGUUACAAAAUGUUCCCGUUAUUGAAGAAAUUAGUGAAUAA